AUGAUUCCCGAAUUUCCCGUUGUUCCUGGCCGAGAGCUCAAUGAUGGCACCGUCAUGCCUCAAUUUGGCCUUGGAACUUGGCUCUCGCCCAAGGGCGAUGUCGAAGCUGCUGCUUUGACGGCUAUUCAGCUCGGUUACCGACAUAUUGAUGCCGCUUGGGUGUACGGAAACGAAGCCGAAGUUGGAAACGCCGUCGCAAAGGCUAUCAAAGACGGUUUCGUCAAACGAGAGCAGCUCUAUUUGACCACCAAGCUGUGGAAUAUCUUCCAUGAUCCCAAAGAUGUCGAUCGAGCUUGCGACAUGUCUCUCAAGAAUCUUCAAACUGACUACAUCGAUUGCUAUCUGAUGCACUGCCCAAUGCAUUUUGUCGGGCCAGAUGAUGGACCAGCGCUCCUUGAUGAAUCCAAACCAGCCUGCCCCGCUAAUGGAAAGAAACCACAUCUGAUUGGUGACGCCGACUAUCUUGAUACCUACAAGGCAAUGGAGAAACUCGUCCAGGCAGGCAAAGUCAAAUCGAUUGGUGUUUCCAAUUUCAACAUCUUUCAACUGCAGCGCAUUUUGAACAACUGCACAAUCAAACCGGUCGUCAACCAGAUCGAGGUCCACCCUUACCUCACCAACGAUGCUCUGGUCAAUUUCUGCCAAGAGAACGAUGUCCAGGUCAUGGCGUACUCUCCACUCGGAAAUCCGUCUAAGCCAGUUACGCGAGUCUGGGACGAGAACGCAAAAACCAUCCUCCAGGACGAAAAACUCCUCGCUAUGGCGAAGAAAUACAACAAGUCUGUCGCCCAAAUUUGCAUUCGAUUUGGCAUUCAGCGAGGUCUCAUUCUCAUCCCAAAAACAACCAAUCCUCAACGUUUGACCGAAAACGCUGAUGUCUUCGACUUCGCGCUUGAAUCUGGCGAAAUGGACACGAUCUCCGCGAUGAACCAAAACUUCCGAGUUGUUGAGCUCCCACAAAAUGUUGGAGUCAGAUACUACCCUUUUGUUGAUAACUAUUCUGAGUAA